CCAGCAUCGUCUGUUCCAGGCUUGCAGGAAGGACUAGACGCAUUUUCUGCUUCGCGUGGAGAAACUGCGAUGGAAGCAGGCGCACCUCCGACAUUCAUGCAAAGUUCCUUCGUAGACACCAACGACAUGUCUGCGACACAAUUGGCUUUGAAGUUACGGGUUUUAGUGGUGCUGACUGUGAGAAGAAGGUGCACAUAGAAACUUCUUCGAUCAAGUAACAGACUUCGAUAGCGUGUUUUUACAGUUGUUUGACAAGUCAUUUUAGCGAGAGAAAUGUUUAGUCUUCUUUUUCUAAUAAAAGCGCUGAAUGAUUUGAUGCACCCAGAAGGAGACGGGGACGCAUCGACAGGGAAAGAAGUCGGCGCCGUUGCUGAUCUCUCCGCGGACAAAACUCAAGUGGAUCCAUCUUCAGCACCUGAUGGAGUGGUACCUUCUUCGGCGGAUGAAACGGGAUUUGGUGUAGCUCAAUCUGGAAUGGUCGG